AUGGACGUAACCGACUGGAUACAGACUGUGGAGUUUGAUGUUGUUGAAGGAGAAAAGGGUGCGGAGGCAGCAAAUGUUACAGGCCCUGGUGGAGUUCCAGUUCAAGGCAGUAAAUACGCAGCAGACCGUAACCAUUAUAGACGCUAUCCACGUCGUAGGGGUCCUCCACGUAAUUACCAGCAAAAUUACCAAAAUAGUGAGAGUGGGGAAAAGAAUGAGGGAUCGGAAAGCGCUUCUGAAGGCCAGGCCCAACAACGCCGGCCUCGCAGGCGAAGGUUCCCACCUUACUACAUGCGGAGACCCUAUGCGCGUCGACCACAGUAUUCCAACCCCCCUGUGCAAGGAGAAGUGAUGGAGGGUGCUGACAACCAGGGUGCGGGAGAGCAAGGUAGACCAGUGAGACAAAGUGUGUACCGGGGUUACAGACCACGGUUCCACAGGGGCCCUCUUCGCCAAAGACAGCCAAGAGAGGAUGGCAAUGAAGAGGACAAAGAAAAUCAAGGAGAUGAGACCCAGGGUCAGCAGCCACCUCAACGUCGGUAUCGCCGCAGCUUCAAUUACCGACGCAGACGCCCAGAGAACCCUAAACCACAAGAUGGCAAAGAGACAAAAGCAGCCGAUAAACCCUAA